UGGUCAUCUAGAUUGCUGUUUGGCUCCGUGUUGUUGUUGAAAAUGUCGAAAAACUUUGAGGAGAAAGGAAAGAACCACCAACGAUCUGGCGGGAAUGAUUUUCGCAGCUUUUCACAAUUUAGUAGUUCGUUAAUUGUGUUGAAACAACAGGAUUCGCGAAAAAUAUCGUCGCUUUCGUCUAUUGAUAUCCGCCGUGUUUAAUUGUAAUUAAUGUGAAAUCUCGAGACCGGGUGUAACCGCCGUGACUAUUGAUAUUGUCGCGAUUCAGAGAAUUUGAACAUCAACCGUGCACAUCGGCCGUUUGCUUAGUCUUUUGUUGGCUCCCAAGGCCAUUAGAUAUGGUUUUGUCGUUACGAAAUUACGCGUAAUUCUUUGAAUAUUGGGGACUGCGUGCGCGUGGUCCCUGCUUGUACCACACUUUGCAACAUUCUAAUUCCUAUUUUCGUACCUUUCGUUAAAUGGCGUUGGGGCGAAACCUUAACCGGUGCCUGUAGCCAAAAUUAAAAGAGAGAGAGAGAGAGAGACAGGCCGCUUGUUUAAAUUAUUUCGUGAUCGAUCCUUGAAACAUGGAAAAUACCAUGACAAAGGAGAAAAGGAAUUGCACGAAUCCUAGCGAUCAUUUGGCUAAACGUUUCAGGCAAAGCGAAAAUAGCGACGAUGAUGAACCAGAGUAUACAGCUGGAAGAGUGAAAAAUAUUCGACUUCGUAACUUUAUGUGUCAUGAUGCAUUAGAAAUAAAGCUAAAUGAGAAUGUUAAUUUUAUCGUGGGACGCAAUGGUAGUGGCAAAAGUGCCAUACUAACAGCAUUAACUGUAGGACUUGGUGCUAGAGCAUAUAUCACCAACAGAGGAACUUCUUUAAAGAAAUUCAUAAAAGUAGGCCAGACAUCUGCUAUCAUUGAGAUAACUUUAACAAAUAAGGGAGACGCAGCAUACAAACCUGAAACUUAUGGUGAUGUUAUUACAAUUGUACGAACAAUUGGACCAACAUCAUCGUAUAAAAUAAAGAAUUGGAGAGGGGAGAUCAUUUCUACAAAACGAGAUGAAUUGGAUGAUAUUAUAUCAUCGAUGAAUAUACAAAUUGAUAAUCCGAUUUCUAUUUUGAAUCAAGAUGUAUCACGAACGUUUCUAAUUUCUUCUAAAUCUGAAGAAAAAUACAAUCUAUUUAUGAAAGCUACUCUCUUAGAUAUCAUAGAAAAUAAUUAUGUAGAAGCUUUACAAAUAUGUAUGGAAGAAAACGAAAAAUUGAAGCAAUACUAUGAGGCUUUAUCGCAAGUAAAAGCUGAAAUAGAGAAAUUGAAAGAUGAUAUACAAAAAAUGGAACAAAUGGAUGAGUCACGUGCAGAGCUAACUAAUUUGGAAGAAAGAGAACUACCAUGGGCUAUUGCUAUCGAAGAGGAAACUAAACUUGAAAAGAUCCAGGCAGUUUUAAAUACACAUGAGAACAACUUGAAAAAACUACAAGAUGUGGAGUCAUCUGUAGGAACAAAGAACAAAGAAAUUGACAAAAAGAUAAAAGAAAUAAAGGAAAAAAUUCUGCAAACAGAAAAAAAAAUGGCAGAUAGCCAUGAAGCAUAUAACAGUGCCAAACAAAAACAUGCGGCUGCGAAAGAAUUUUAUUCCAACAAACUGCGCGAAUGGCGGUCCGUAGAAAAUCAAAUCAAACGACAUGAAGAUGAUAUCAGUUUACUGAAGGGAGAAAUCCAGAAGUUGGAGACUUGCCACAAUGAACAAUAUAUCGAAAGGAAAGAAAUGUUCGACAAGCUAUCAAAGUUAGAGGAAACGUUGGAUGAAGUUGAAGCUUCGAUGCGUACAAAGCAAACCGAAUUGAUGCAUUUGGAAGCUGACAAUAUGCGACUUUCCGUAGAAAAGCAGUCCGCGAAAGUUGAAUUGGACAAUUGUGAUGCUUCCAUACGUAGGCUGGAGAAAGAGUUAAGUGGAUUCGAGCAACAAUCUGAUAACGUGUUGAGUGUGUUCGGGCCUAAUAUACCGCGUCUAUUGAGAAGAAUUGAGGAAGAAUGCAAAAAAGGACGAUUCAAAGAAAAACCACGUGGUCCUAUCGGUGCUUAUAUAAAGAUGAAGGAUGAAGCAUGGGCACCAGCGGUGGAAAGUCACCUAGGUCGUGGUAUUCUUAAUUCAUUUUGUGUAGAUAACAACCAAGAUGCUAAAUUGUUGACCAGUAUUAUGAAGGAGAUUUUCUAUAACGAGAGACUACCUCAAAUUAUAACUAGCAAGUACUACAAUCAGAUACAUGAUGUGAGAAGACACUGUACACAGUCGCCACGAUACUCGAACCUGUUGGAAGCGAUGAUUAUAGAAGACCCCAUCGUGGCUAACUGUUUAAUCGAUCAACGUGAAAUCGAAUGCAUACUCCUCAUACCGACUAACCAAGAGGCCUGCGAGAUAAUGUCGAAUGCAGCGAAAGUGCCAAAAAAUUGCAAAAGAGCGUUUACUCAACAAAGUGACAUCUACUUUCCCGAUCCAAAUUACAGGACGUACGGCGGGAAGUGUGGCUCACGCGCAAAGUAUCUUCAAGUAUCCAGUACAGAAGCGAUGCAAACAUUGAAGGAAGAACUUGAGGUAGCAAAAAAUAAAAGGCAAGAAGCCAAAAUUAUACACAAUGCUGUAUGCGAGAAAGAAGAGCGCACGAAAUCUUCAUUGAACACUGUAAACAGGACGGUCAUGAAAUUUAAAGCACUGCAAAGUCGUUGCAAAGAGGAGAUUGAUAACUUAAAGGAUAAAAUCGAGUCAAAUAAAGGCAUGUCUGACGAUGUCUUUCGACAUGAAAUUACGGAAGUCGAGAAGAAGAUAACGCAAGAGAGAAUGGCGGAGAAGUUUUUAGCUGAGAAAACGCACGAACUCCAGGGAAACAUGAAAUUCCUUGACGAAGAAGUCAAGCGUUGCAGAGACGCUACAGAUGAUUUAUAUACAGUGAUCGAUCCUCUCAAAGAACAAAUAAAGGAACUCAUACAGAAGAAAGAGAAGCAUCGUUUCGAGUCGCAACGUUCUACGCAACAAUUGAAAGAAGUUCGUCAAGCUGUACAAAGUGCGACAGGGGAAUUUCAGAGACAGGAAAGAGUCACGACGAUAGCAGUUGCUAAUGCCUCCGAAAAAUGCCUCAGAAUAAAUACAGAAAAAUCGAUAAAUCAUAUUAAGUCUACGAUAACGAAUUUGCGAGAGAAGAUUCGCGAGGUGGAACAUCAAUUCGGCUCUGUGCAUCUUUUGCAACAACAAUUACAAGAGAAAGAGGAAAAGUACGGGAUGAAUAUCGAGUUUAUGUAUACACUGAAAAAAAGUUGUGAGAAACAUAUCGAACGAGUGAAGCAUCGACAGAAUGUGUUUGAGGAAUUGAGGAAGUUAUACGGUGUUUAUAUACAGAAGUCCUUCAGUGAUGUACUUGCUCUAAGGCAAUAUAAGGGUAACAUGAUAAUCGACCAUAUAAAUAAAACACUUCAAUUGAACGUAAGUGCACGAAACGAUAGUACCAGCAAAGAUACUAGAUCACUCUCGGGAGGAGAACGAUCUUACUCAACCAUAGCAUUUAUUUUGUCUAUUUGGGAAUGUAUUCGAAUGCCCUUCUAUUUUCUCGAUGAAUUCGACGUAUUUAUGGAUAAAGUGAAUCGACGAGUGAUAAUGGAUAUACUGUUGGAUCACACCAAGUUGCAUCCGGAAAGCCAGUUCUGUUUUCUAACACCUUUAGAUACAUCGAAUGUUCUUGUCGAAGAUUACGUAACGGUUCAUCAAUUGCAACCACCAGAUAGGAGAGGGCUGAGUCAAUAAAAGCCGAUUAUUUUUUUCUUCCUUUCUACCUUUUAAGUUUUACGUAGUAAUUGUCGUUAAGUACAAAGUUCAGCGUAUAUCGAAUAAAUUCAGUAUAACGUAUUUUUGCACGGAAACUUUAUACUUAGUCCGAUCAAAGAUAAGAUAUUUAUUUACGUUAUAUUAUUCUAUUUUGUGUAAAAAGAAGUUUCAGAUAUUUAUAUUUUUCACAUAACUCAUAAUACAUAUGAAGGCAGAAAUCUAAAA